CUGUGCCUCAGCACAGCAACCCGGCCAGCAACACGGAACGGCCGCAUCUGCUGUGGGCAGAGUGGGGCCGAGCCAGGCUGAGCAUCCCGGGGACCAGCCGCCCCAGAUCACCCUCUGGAUGGAAGAAGAGGCAGAGACAGUGGCACCUGGUCCCACAGCGAGAGAGGAGAUGGGCGUCCCUGGGUGCAUCCGAACAGGAGACGGGAUGCGGAGGGAGGAUGAAGGAUGCUGCAUGGAGCAGGGAUGUCCUGAUGGAGCUGAAGUGGGUGAAAUGGUGGUAAAAUCCGAAGGGAAUAACCAUGGGAGAGCUUGUGAGAGCAACCGGGGGAUGGAGGGAUGCCCGGGGAUGGAGCAGAAGGAUGAAUUCACCUGGGGCGAGGGGGAUCGGCAUCUCUUUGCAGAAGAAAGUCUUUACGAAUGUUCCCACUGCAAGAAAUGCUUCCAGGACAGGUCAGACCUCAUUUGCCAUCAGAGGUUGCACAGAGGAGGAAAGACUUUUAAAUGCCAAGAGUGCGGAAAAGAGUUUGGGAAGAGCUCGGACCUCAGUUCCCAUCAGAAAAGCCACAUGGCGGAAAAACCCUACCAGUGCUCGACAUGCGAGAAGUUCUUCAAAGACAGAUCCACCCUCAUCAGGCACGAGAGAGUGCACACGGGAGAGAAGCCCUACAAGUGUCUGGAGUGCGGGAAGAGGUUCACCCGCAGCUCGGACAUCAUUGUCCAUCAGCGGAUUCACACGGGGGAGAAACCCUUCGAAUGCUCCGAGUGCGGGAAGAGGUUCAGCCAACGGUCCAAUCUCUUCACCCAUCAGAUCGUACACACAGGGGAGAAGCCCUUCACCUGCCACGAGUGUGGGAAAACCUUUGCCCGGAGGUCGGAGCUCACCAUCCAUCAGCGAACGCACACCGAGGAGAAGCCCUACCAGUGCUCCCAGUGUGAAAAAUCCUUCCGGGGGAGGUACGGACUCUUCAGGCAUGAGCGGUUGCACACGGGGGAGAAACCCUAUGAGUGCUCCGAGUGUGGGAAGAGCUUCGGCCAGAGCGGGGACCUUAUCACCCACCAACGCUUUCACACAGGGGAGAAGCCCUACCACUGCUCCAAGUGUGGGAAGUUCUUCUGCAAUAAAUCCAGCCUGGUUAAACACCAGAAAUGGCAUUCUGGGGAGAAGCCCUACAAGUGCCACGAGUGCGGGAAGAGCUUCGGGCAGAGCUCGGACCUCAUCGCUCACCAGCGAACCCAUACCGGGGAGAAGCCCUACCCCUGCGCCGAGUGUGGGAAGAGGUUCACCAGAAAAUCCAGCCUCAUCGUCCAUCAGCGGGGACACAGAGGACGGAGAACUGGAGAACGCUCAAAAUGUGGGAAGAGCUCAGAGGAAGACUCCAGCACCGAUGCUCCCAGCAACGUGGGCGUGGGAGAUGGCUCGUCCCCGUGCUCUGAGUGUGCAAAGCCCCUUGAGGAGGCAUCAGACCUCCUUGACCAGCAGAGAUGAAGCAGAGGAGAAAAAACCUCCCAAGUGCCUGGAAGAGGAGAAACAGCUUGGCUUGACUUGGCACCAAGAUCACGCAAGACCAGAAGAAACAAGAGCAGUGUGGGACAUCCUCCCAUGUGAGAUUUAACCUCUUUUUUUGUAUAUCAGAGAUUACUCAGGGGAAGAAAAGAGUUAAACUCUACAGCGUGGGUUCAUCAGUGAUGGAGAAAGGCUAAUUGCUCCUAAUUCCUCACAUUGUCGCGUAGAUCGUUUAAUAGUCUUCACUUUGCUCCUCCAGCAGCUUCGUCCAAACUGUUUGCUCCCUGGUAAGACCCCUUCUAUUACCCUAUCCCCUCUUUUUUCCAACAUCUUGCUGUUAUAUUUUUUUAAGGUUAGCUGAGCUCCUGUCCAAGUGUCCAUCACAGGUCCAGCCUCGAUGCAUUAAACCUCGACUUAAAAAAUGGGUUGGUUGUUCCUAGGGAGAUUUUUAUUUUCAUAUUAGAUAUUUGUGCAGAUGAUAAAAAGAUCUAAGGAAGUUUUAUAUUACUAGGGGAAUGUUAGCGGAAUUAGCAUUUUCUCUCCAGAAGGUGUAGAUGUUUUUAAUGGUGGAGAAAAUCAAAAGAUCUCCACUGUGGAUGCUGGGGAGUGGAGAGAGUGUCAGCUCCACCCAAUCCAAGGGAAAAACAGGAGAUUUCAGUGAAAGAAAAACAACAUGAAAGGAUCAGUGUCCCAAAAGGAAACCGUCGGAGGCGAUUUAUAUCCAAUGUUCAAUAAAUAACCCAUUUCUUUCCUUUGCUGGUGUGCUCUGGGUCAUCAUUGUUGCUUGCAGGAGGACAGUCGUCUGUGCUGGCGUCUUGGGUGGGAUAAAUGUGCCACCAUGAGAAACACCAGUGGGAGGUCCAUGCUGGGGCUGUUGGGUUUUACUGGGAGGACACGGCAGUCUGGGGAUGAAGAUGCUGGCAGCUCCACAUCUCAGGCACCCUCCAUGCCCGUGUGCCUGCUUCUCUUCUCAUUGCGCUGGGGUUAAACUGGUCCCAGUACUUCCUCAGUACUGGUGCUAUGGCUGCAGUGUGCAACUGAAGCUGCUCUGUGGCAUAGCCCAGAGGCUACGCUGAUGGUACCGGUCCAAAACUUUCAUGCCUGUGCCCAAAAUUAGG